AUGGCUCCAUCAGAAACCUCAUCUGAUACUUCUACUUCUACCUUACCUAAUAAUUCGAUUACUGUUGAGCCCUCAAACCCACUGUACCUCUAUCCUACUGACAACCCUGGUACUGUCAUUGUUGCCGAUCGAUUCAACGGUAUGGGAUAUGGAAGUUGGAGAAGGGGAAUGUUGAUCGGUUUGUCAUGUAAGAAUAAGCUCGGCAUAAUCAAUGGGACUAUUUCCAAACCUAAUGCUACAUCUCCAUUCUAUGAGCCUUGGUGUCGAUGUAACGACAUGGUAAUUGCUUGGAUACUGAACAGUUUGGAAGCUGAAAUUAGGGAAAGUGUUAUGUAUACAGAGUCAGCUGCAAAGCUAUGGAAGGACAUUGAGAAACGAUAUGGACAGCCCAAUGGCAGCAAAGUGUAUCAGAUCCGUAAGGCUCUAUCAUCUAUUUCUCAAGGAGCUUCGAACAUUGCUUCCUAUUUUUCCAGAACUAAGAAGUUGUGGGAUGAGCUAGCAUAUUCCAUAACAUAUCCUGAUUGUGUGUGUGGAUGUAAAGAGGCUUUCCAAAAAUUGGAAGAAGAUCAGAAGCUUCACCAGUUCCUUAUUGGUUUGAACGACAAUUAUUCCACCAUCAGGAGGAACAUUCUGGCCAUGAAACCUCUUCUAGACAUAGACACUGCGUAUGCUAUGCUGGUUAAUGAUGAAAGUCAAUGUGAGGCACAAGCUUUAGUCCCAUCUUUCUCUUCCGAGUCUGCUUCUUUCUCCACUGGUGUUCAGAAACCAUAUACUGGUUCUUCCCCUGUUGGCAUGCAGAAAACCUAUUCACAAAAGGUUAAUUUCGAUUCUAAAAGGGCAAGUGUCAUAUGCAAGUACUGCAAAAAGCCUGGCCACACCAUAGAAAAAUGUUACAAACUUCAUGGGUAUCCCAACACUUUUCAGAACUCCGUCCAGUCCAAUAGGUUUAAGAAGCCCGCUGGUUAUGCUCAUGUUUCAGAGGCUCAGAGUCUGGGACCAACAGAUGGGUGUACUUCUGAUAAUAGGAUUGAACAUUAUGAUUCUCAGAACCAUGGUUUCACAAAGGAACAGUAUGAACACUUGCUGAACAUGUUUCAUCAGUCCAAGGUCUCUCAUGAUGCUACUGCCUCUGGAUCUGCCUACUUUGCAGGUUUGCUACAUUGUGUUGAUACUAGAAAUUAUUGUGUGUUUGCUUGCAAGCUUUCUCGCUUAGGCCUUUCUCUGAAGAGGCCACUGGUUCUUGGUAAAAUUUCAAAUGGACUUUAUCUGCUACAAUCCACUCCUACCUCAAUUUCUGCUACUUCAAUUGGUAAAGCUGUCAGUGCUAAGACUGCUGACUCUAUUGCUUCUUCAUCUUGUUUUGCUCCUGUCAACAUUGUAAAUACCAUUGAUGCUAAUACGACUGCUUCUACUUCUGUGCCUUCUACAAAUGAUUAUGUACCUAACAACACUGUAGAUACCAUUGAUGCUAAUAAAACUGUUUCUACUUCUGUGCCUUCUACAAAUGAUUCUGUUCCUGUUUUUUGUUUUGAUAUGUUUUGGCAUCUUCGACUUGGUCACAUGACUUUCCAUAAGAUGAAGUCUGUUACUCGUAUUAAGGAUAAACUAUCUAAGAAACAGUCUUUUGUUUGUGAAGUUUGUCCAAUGGCUAGGCAGCAAAGACUUCCCUUCCCUGAAAGUUCCAUUAAGACUACCAAGCCUUUUCAACUUAUUCAUGUGGAUUUACGGGGUCCUUACCACACACUAACUUACAAUGGUUUUAGGUAUUUUUUGACCAUUGUAGAUGACUUUACUAGGGCUACUUGGACUCAUCUGUUGUCUACCAAGUCUAAUGCUUUUACUUUGUUAAAAUCCUUCAUAUUUCUAGUCCAAAAUCAGUUCCAUUCAUCUGUCAAGACUCUCAGGUCUGAUAAUGCUUUUGAGUUAGGAUCCAGUGCUGAAGCCACCUCAUUCUUCUCUAAUUAG